CUUCCAUGGGUGAUCAGCCACACACAUCCUACCGAUGUCAGGGUGCGACCUUCUACAGCAACUUAUCGGAAGCUCUUCAAGCUUACCUACCUAUACAGCAAAACUCCUCAGUAUAAUAUGAGGUCGGCGGCGCCUGGAUUGUAUGCAUAUUGUCAAUUUCAAGUGGUGCGAAGAGUCUCGUGUGCUGCCUAGCGCAGUAGGACAAGCUGCAAGCCCAGAGUUUGUUAUUUGUCAGCCUUGAUCUUCAUCGUCCCUGGUGCGGCUUUAUAGCUGAGUUCGAGUGGCUCGAGGAGACUUGGGUAAGUGAGCUGCCCGAUCGACAGCCCUGACUACUAGACGAUGGGAUCUUCUCAAUGCGAGCAAAUCGAGUUUGGCAAGCUUGGGCGGAAUAGCGAUAGAUAUGGGCGAUUUGAGUCUACAGUAGUGGAUUGAUUCCCCUACUUGCAUUUAUUCGCCGGACUGUCGACCAGCUAGCUGGCUGCGGGUUGUACCUACACCAAAUAGUUAGGUACCUCUAUUGUACUCGCACUUUCCUACAGUGGGGUUUGUGGAUGGCCAGCUGGUGAUGAAAAACAUGGAGUCAAUUGCCCAUUUCUUUCUUGGAUUCUGAUAUAGCCGCUAUAUACCUACCUACCUACCUAGGUUCGGCAAGGAGCAAUCCAACGCUGCGUAUUUGCCAAGCCAAACAACAAAUUCUGAUGCGGGCCGCCAUCUCAGGUGGUCAGAUUUAGCACCUAGAAUAAAUACUCAUCUUUCUUCUUGAAAUUUGAGCAGCAAUUUCAUAUCUACAAGCCAACACCAUCCCCAGACCGGCAGCUACCCUUACCAAGACAUAUUACUCGGUGCAGUUCUCAGGUAUCUAGCCUGCUAGCAACCUGGCACGAAAACCCUUAUCUAAGACGCCCAGUCCAGCUUUAACCCAGGUACAUAUCGACGUCUACCAAGUCGCCUGGCAAGGCAAACAAGGUAUCGGCAAGGAUUCCUCCCACUACAGUACUGCUACACUUACUCCCCACAAAUCAAACCCAGAAGUUUUCAAAGUCUUGCCUGCAACGAGCCAGUGGAGAUCAACCUCCGGACUCAACAACCCCAUAGCUAAGGUAGUUGAGCGGCUGUCCUAGGGUUGCGGUCCUCCCUGGCUGUUUGGCCAUUGCGCAAGUGCUAAUCGUGGACCCAUGGCUUGGGGCAUGGUCAUGGCAUCGUCGUCUUUUUGACAUACGGCCGUCAAACUAGCGGCGUGCUAGACCAAUGCUAGCGCUAGCGCAUCGCCCCCAUUAGCCAUUCCAGUCCGCACUCUCCUGACGCUUACCGACGACUUUCCAUUGCUUGCAUUGGUAGGCCGUAUGGUCCCAGACCCUCGGGUCGACCAGAACCGCCACGUCGGAACUGGGCCCGCCUGCUCUGGUUUUUGACUUUCACAACUAUCCCACAGUCCUGUUCCACAUUUCUGAAUGUCCUAUCCUAAUCCUGACGAACAUUUCAGUGCCCUGAGAGAUAUCACCUGAAAGAUGUCGUCGACCGAGCUCCGCCACAUACAGGUCUGAAGAGAUCUUGCUUUUUUUGGCGGGGGCAUCCCAUUCAAAGAAAAAAAAGGGAAAAAAAAGGAAGAAAAAAAUAAAGAAUCAAGAAACUACCAAUGUACGGCGCACCCAAUAUCUCCCUCGACGCACUCGAGAGAGCUGGUCUCAUCUCUCCCGAAAUCCUUCAUCUCAGGAUGGAGGGAAACGUCGACGUCCUUGAGCCAGUCUCCUCCAGUGACUCGUCUCUCGAACUAGAUGAAAGGGAUUUCACUGUCACCUCUGAUUAUGAUCCAUCUAUCGAUGGGACUUCCGAAGUUGGUUCCGUCACUUCAAGUGUAUAUGCACAUAUUCAUGAGCACGGAAGACGUUACCACAAAUACAAGUACGGGAGAUAUCCUAUACCCAACGAUGAGAACGAAGAAGGCCGUGAAAGUCUACGGCACUCGAUGGUCUUGACGCUGCUCAAAGGGAAAAUGUUUCUGGCACCCAUUGGGGAUAACCCCCAGAGAAUCGUCGACCUUGGAACUGGCUUUGGCCAAUGGGCGAUUGAGAUGGGGGAUGCUUUCCCAAGCGCCCAGAUCACCGGCAUAGAUCUGUCGCCCGUGCAGCCUGUGUGGGUUCCUCCCAACGUCAACUUUGUCGUUGAUGACAUUGAGGAGGACGCCUGGGGCAGGGACGGCAUUUUUGAUUACGUGCACUUGCGAGUCACUGCAAGUGUCCUUAGGGACCCUAUAAAGGUAGCUGCAACAGCUUUCGAUAAGCUGAAACCGGGCGGGUGGAUUGAGUUCCAAGAGAUAUAUCCAAAGGUCUCAUGCGACGACGGAAGCAUGCCCGACGACUUUCCUCUCAUCGAACUCUACGACCUGAUAGAACGCUUGCUGGCUCAACACAGCGGCUUCCAGAUCUUCAUCGCCGAGCAACUCCCGCGCGAGCUCGAGAGGCUCGGCUAUGUCAACAUACAGCGGCGCGUCUUCAACAUCCCCGUGGGGACCUGGGCCAUGAGUCGCCGACUGUCUAGGGCAGGUUAUCUAUUUCGGGUGGUCGUGGCUGAGCUUGUGCCUGUACUUGCCGCCAAGGCCGAGCAGAUCGGAAUCCCGUCUGAAGAGGUCGACAGCCUCUCGUGUCGUGUCCUCGAGUCGAUGCAUGCCGAGCAGCCAACAAACGUCCAUGCUUACGUCCCAUUUCACUUUGUCUGGGCGCAGAAACCCGAGUUAUGACGGUUCAUGACAGCUUUUUUUUUUUCCCCAACAAACAGCCCCUCAUCCUGACGGCAAAUAUACAUACUUGCACCCUGCGGAAAACCACCCGCCAGUCGUCCAGACUCAUGAAGCUACAUGGAAAGCAUGCCAAGAUGGAAUGGAAGUACAAAUGAGAACAGCCCAAAUGAAACCGAAAUUCCAAAAGAAGUAUCUGCAUUGGUGCCCAAAGCUUGCCGGAAAGCUUGCCGGCGUCCGAGCUCGGGUUCGCCCGAAACGGUCAAGGUCCAGUCCUAGGGCGGCACCCCGUGACGAAUAGCCGGCAGGGGUCGCCAUUAUCGCGAUGCGUAUGAAUGCAACACACCCAAAGACUUUGUCCGAAAGGAAAAUACCCCGAUUUGCACUGCAAAGCCAGCUGGUCUCUCCUCGUUUGUUGGAUGAUCCCUUACGAAACCUCGUCCCGCAUGACGGAAACUUUUUCAGGGCACGAGGACAUUCAUGAAUCCCGAUACAACAGACAACCCCUGUCCCGCACCACACAGUCCCAAGCGGGUUCGCGCAUGCAGGUGGAUGAUCCAGAUGUGACCAUCCUGUCGGUAACUGUAUGUAUGAGGGCGGUGAAAAGAUGACAUGGAGAUCAGUUGGGCUUUUAUGACAUUCAGGGAACAGUCUGGCAAGCCGGGUUCAGGGAUCCAUGCACUCGAGGCCACUCGACGGGACGUUGGCAAUGAGAAUCAGACCAUUUUGAGAACCAAACACAUGUGGCAAACUAUCAUGUCGGGAUUUUUUUUUCGUGCCGGGUUGGGUAGCAUUGAUGAACGAAUACUGCAUGAUUACAAUCCAGGUGUCAUAUUCCCCUUUACCACAGACGCUAUAACCAAUAGGAGUAGAUUUCCAGUCCGUGGUGGUUGUCCCGUUCUUUUUUU